CCUAUGGCUAACCAGUCUGAUUCUCUGUUUGUGCUUGCUGGAUUUCCGGGGCUGCCGGAGAUGUACCACCCUGCAGUUUCUUGUAUAUUAUUCCUUGUCUAUGUUGUCUCCCUCUCAGCUAAUAGUAGCGUCAUUCUGCUGGUUCUAUGGAAGGAACAUCUUCAUCAGCCCAUGUACAUCAUCAUCAUGAACCUGGCUCUUUCUGACAUCUUAUUCGAUACGAUAACAUUACCCAAAAUAAUUGCCAAAUACUGGUUUGGAGCUGGAACCAUGACGUUGUUUGCCUGCAUGUUCCAGCUCUUCUGUGUCCACUUCUUGGGUUCUGUUGACUCAUUCAUCAUUAUGUUCAUGGCACUUGAUCGCUAUGUGGCCAUCAGCAGACCCCUGAGGUAUUCCUCCAUGAUCACCGAGAGACGCACCAUAAACAUCUGCACUUUCCUUUGGGCUCUUGCGUCUCUCAUCUCCUUAGUCAAUGCCGCCUGGUUCACUCAGGUUAUAUUUUGCGGCUCUAGAAAAGUUAACAGUUGCUUUUGUGUAAGUCAAUCAGUCAUGGUCUUAGUCUGUUCCGAUAUUUCUCUGCUCAAACGGACCUCGCUUGUCCUCUCCAUGUUGGUUCUCUUAGCACCCUUGUGCUACAUUAUCAUAUCCUACGUCCUCAUACUUGUAAAAGUCUGCUCUUCGGUGAGGAACAAAGGACUACAAAAGGCAUUCUCUACAUGUGUCACUCAUCUGUUCAUCAUCUUCAUGUACUUUGGCCCUCGGGUCUUUGUGUAUAACGCCUUUGUGAUGAACAUAGUGUUCACUCCAGAAAUGAGCGUCUUGCUUCUCUGCCUCUAUACUUAUAUCCCCCAUCUUCUAAGCCCCAUAAUCUAUUGUCUGAGAACUCAAGAAAUCCGGCAGGUCAUAGGGAUUGCACUACGGAGGAAGUUUGGUUUAAGAAUAGGGAUUGCUGAGGUAUUGCACAGAUAA